GUACAGAGGGUGGCUUGCAAGACGCCUUUGUUACGUCCUUUUUGUGCAAGAGAGGGAUGUUCAUAAGGGUAUGUUUGCCAAGAAUCUGACAGAAAAUGUGCUGAAUAACAGCAGAGUCCAGAAGGCCAUUGUAGAUGAAGCUUCUGAACCAAGUGCUCCGGGUAGUUUUGCUCAGACGGAUCCUAAAGCUAUCAACAAAGUGAAGAAAAAAGCUAGGAAAAUUCUUCAGGAAAUGGUAGCACAUGUGUCACCUGCUUUAAUCAGGUUGACUGGCUGGGUACUACUGAAGUUGUUUAACAGCUUUUUCUGGAAUAUUCAGAUCCACAGAGGUCAAAUAGAAAUGGUCAAAGCAGCCACAGAGAUGAAUUUGCCUCUUAUCUUCUUGCCUGUUCACAAAUCCCACAUUGACUACCUGCUCCUUACAUUCAUCCUCUUCUGCCAUAACAUCAAAGCACCCUACAUUGCUGCAGGGAACAAUCUCAACAUCCCCAUCUUCAGUACACUGAUCCGCAAAUUAGGAGGAUUUUUCAUUCGUCGAAAGUUAGAUCAGAGUCCUGAUGGUCGUAAGGACUUCCUCUACAGAGCUUUGCUCUAUGUGCACAUAGAAGAACUGUUGAGACAGCAGCAGUUUUUAGAAAUAUUCUUGGAAGGCACACGGUCUCGAAGUGGAAAGACAUCUGGAGCUAGAGCAGGUCUUUUAUCUGUGGUGGUGGAUGCUCUCUUCUCAAAUGCUACUCCUGAUGUCCUAAUUAUACCUGUAGGAAUCUCCUAUGAUCGCAUAAUUGAAGGUCACUAUAACAGUGAACAGCUGGGCAAGCCUAAGAAGAAUGAAAGCCUUUGGAGUAUAGCUAGAGGCGUCUUCAGAAUGCUGCGGAAGAAUUAUGGAUGUGUCAGAGUAGAUUUUGCACAACCAUUUUCCUUAAAAGAAUAUGUAAACAGCCAAAGCCAAAAACCUGUGCCUGCUCCUCUUUCUUUGGAACAAGCUUUGUUACCAGCUAUACUUCUGACAAGACCUAAUGAUACUGUGGAUGAAGGUACAGAGGCUUCAAUGCCCAACUCCAGGGAUAUCACCAGUGAGCCCUUCAGAAGAGAGCUGAUAUCCAACUUGGCUGAGCAUAUUUUGUUCACUGCUAACAAGUCCUGUGCUGUGAUGUCUACCCACCUUGUUGCCUGUUUGCUGCUGUACAGACACAGGCAGGGAACUGAUCUUUCCAGGUUGGUAGAAGAUUUCUUUUCCAUGAAGGAGGAGGUCUUAGCCCGUGACUUUGACUUGGGAUUUUCAGGGAACUCGGAUGAUGUUGUCAUGCACGCCAUCCACUUGUUGGGGAACUGUGUAAAUAUCACAAACACAAGCAGAAACAAUGAGUUCUUCAUCACUCCCAGCACAACAAUACCUGCAGUCUUUGAACUCAACUUCUACAGCAAUGGAGUUCUUCACGUAUUCAUCAAAGAGGCCAUUAUUGCCUGCAGUCUUCAUGCGGUUCAGAGCAGGAGAUACAGAAAUGGUACCAAUGGUGCUUCUCCCAGUUUAAUUAGUCAAGAACAUCUGGUCCGAAAAGCUGCCAGCUUGUGUUACUUGCUUUCUAAUGAAUUUACUGUAUCUUUGCCUUGCCAGGUGAUAUAUCAAGUUUGCCAUGAAUCUGUGGAAAGGCUGAUACAAUACGGCAUUCUUCUGGUGGCCGAGGAUGAUCAGGAGGAUGUUAGCCCCAGUCUUACAGAGCAACAGUGGAAUAAAAAGCUCCCUGAGCCAUUGUCUUGGAGAAGUGACGAAGAAGAUGAAGACAGUGAUUUUGGAGAAGAGCAGAGAGAUUGCUACCUGAAGGUGAGCCAGUCUCAAGAGCACCAGCAGUACAUCACCUUCCUGCAGAGGUUGUUGGGACCGUUACUGGAGGCGUAUAGCUCUGCUGUCAUCUUCGUGCACAAUUUUAGUGGUCCUGUUUCAGAGUCUGAAUACGUUCAAAAGUUACACAGGCACUUAAUAAGCAGGACAGAGAAGAAUGUUGCUGUCUAUGCUGAGAGUGCUACCUACAGUCAUGUGAAAAACGCAGUGAAAGUCUUUAAGGAAAUUGGG